AUGAAGUUCUUCAUUGAUAAAUUGCCAGUCAUCUUUCCCUAUCCGAAAAUUUAUCCUGAGCAAUAUGCAUACAUGUGUGAUCUCAAAAAGACCCUGGAUACCGGCGGUCAUUGCGUGCUUGAGAUGCCUUCGGGUACUGGGAAAACCGUCUCUCUACUUUCGCUUAUUGUAGCUUAUCAGCAAUGUAUGCCUGAAAAGCGGAAACUGAUCUACUGUUCUCGUACUAUGUCUGAAAUAGAGAAAGCCUUGGCGGAACUGAAGGCUCUCAUGAAAUACCGUACCGAACAGCUCGGUUAUGAAGAAGAGUUUAGAGGCUUGGGAUUAACCAGUCGCAAGAACCUUUGUCUUCAUCCAUCAGUUAAACGAGAAAAGAGUGGCACCAUCGUCGAUGCCCGGUGCAGAAGCCUCACGGCCGGUUUUGUUAAAGAGAAAAAACAGCGCGGGGAGAAUGUAGACCUUUGUGUUUACCAUGAUAAUCUGGAUUUGCUGGAGCCCCAUAACCUGAUACCUAACGGCGUGUGGACUUUCGAAGACGUUCUUCGCUAUGGUGAAGACCACAAACAAUGUCCAUACUUUACCGCCCGACGCAUGAUGCAAUACUGUAACGUUGUAAUUUUCUCUUAUCACUAUCUCCUCGACCCGAAGAUUGCCGAGCGAGUCUCAAGAGAUUUUUCUAAAGACUGCAUUGUCGUCUUUGAUGAAGCACACAAUAUUGAUAACGUGUGCAUUGAGGCUUUGAGUACUGAUAUCACGGAGGACUCACUUCGUCGAGCCACUCGCGGCGCACAGAAUCUGGAGCAAAAGGUCACAGAAAUGAGAGAUACAGACCAAGAGCAACUCCAAAAUGAAUACCAGAAGCUAGUUGAGGGCCUUCGUAGUGCGGAUGAAGCUCGACAAGAAGAUGCAUUUAUGGCAAAUCCUGCGUUGCCCGAAGAUCUCCUUAAAGAAGCUGUCCCCGGGAACAUUAGAAGAGCAGAGCAUUUUGUUGCGUUUCUCAAACGAUUCAUCGAAUAUCUCAAAACGAGAAUGAAAGUCCGACAAGUUAUAUCGGAAACCCCGCCGUCUUUUCUAGCGCAUCUGAAAGAACAUACAUUCAUCGAAAAAAAACCUCUCAGGUUUUGUGCCGAACGAUUAACUUCCCUUGUUCGGACCCUUGAACUUACAAACAUUGAGGAUUAUCAAUCGCUACAGGAAGUGGCCACCUUUGCAACUCUAGUAGCAACCUACGAAAAAGGGUUUCUCCUGAUACUUGAGCCAUACGAAUCAGACACCGCCGAGGUACCCAACCCUAUUCUGCAUUUCACGUGCCUUGAUGCCGCUAUUGCAAUUAAACCUGUUUUCGAAAGGUUUUACUCCGUCAUUAUCACGUCCGGCACCAUUUCUCCUCUGGAAAUCUAUCCAAAAAUGCUGGAUUUCUCCACAGUAAUUCAAGAGUCCUAUAGCAUGACGCUUGCAAGACGGUCGUUUUUGCCAAUGAUUGUAACACGCGGAAGUGAUCAAGCCUCCGUCUCAACCAGUUUUCAGGUCCGAAACGAACCCAGCGUGGUACGAAACUACGGCACGAUAUUGGUAGAGUUUGCUAAAAUCACACCGGACGGACUAGUUGUCUUUUUCCCUUCCUAUCUUUACAUGGAGUCCAUUAUCAGCAUGUGGCAAGGCAUGGGUAUUCUUGACGAAGUAUGGAAGUACAAACUCAUUCUGGUCGAAACGCCGGACGCCCAAGAGACCUCUUUGGCCCUCGAAACGUAUCGCACAGCAUGCUGCAAUGGAAGAGGCGCCAUUCUGUUGUGUGUUGCGCGAGGCAAGGUCUCGGAAGGUAUUGAUUUCGACCAUCAGUAUGGGCGCGCCGUGUUGUGCAUUGGCGUACCAUUUCAAUACACGGAGUCGCGAAUCCUGAAGGCGCGCCUGGAGUUUUUGAGGGAGACGUAUCGGAUCAAGGAGAACGAUUUUCUAUCAUUUGACGCCAUGCGACACGCUGCACAAUGCCUUGGGCGUGUCCUACGUGGAAAGGACGAUUAUGGAAUCAUGGUCUUGGCCGACCGUAGGUUCCAGAAAAAAAGAAGCCAGCUGCCCAAGUGGAUAAACCAGGCGCUUCUUGACGUGGACGCGAAUCUCAGCACUGACAUGGCAGUGAGCAGUGCAAGACGAUUCCUAAGAACCAUGGCACAACCAUUUCGCGCCAAGGAUCAAGACGGCAUCAGUACAUGGGGCCACGACGAUCUUCAAAGACACAAAGAAAAAAUGGAUAUGGAGAAGAUCCACGAAAUGGAAGAAGCGGCGAAAAACUCGACAAAUCAAGAUAUUGCUGCUUUGGACAACUACCCUUACGUCGUUGAAGAGCUGGAUCAAGACAUGAUGGAGUUGGAUGAUUUUUGA